AUGCCAAUUCAAAGCGACAUCGUUGGAAAGUGGAACUUCGUCUCUUCGGAGAACUUUGACGAGUACCUCAAGGAGGUUGGAGUCGGAUGGGCCGUCAGAACCAUUGCCACCAAGACGAAGCCAACUCUCGAGUUCGCCGUCAAGGGAGACGAGUGGACCAUGAACUCCAACUCCACCUUCAAGAACUACACUCUCAAGUGGAAGCUCGGAGCUGCUAGCGAUGAGAAGACCGCCGAUGGGCGUGAUGUGUCCAGCGUCUUCAACGUCGAGGGAGACAAGCUCGUUCAAGUCGAGACCGGAAAGGGAGGAGGCAAGGAUUCUCGCAUCGAGAGAUACAUUGAGAACGGCAAGCUCGUCAUCGUCUGUACCUGCAACAACGUCAAGUGCACCCGCGUCUACGAGAAGGCCGCCUAA